ACGUACGGAUCGGGCAUACGUCACGUUUCCUAACGUUCAAAAAAAAAAACAAAACAAACAUCCACAGCCCGUGAUCCUUCGAGAACACUGCGGUGCGUGUCUGUGUGUGUCUGUGUGUCUGUGUGUUCGUCUCUGUGUCGGUGUGUCGUUGUGCCGGGCAACACACAACAUGCGGCGAGUGCUAACGUUGAUCCUUGCGAUCUCCUUUCCGCUGGUGGCCGUGAUCUGCGCGCCAGCCGAGACGGCGGAUGCCGAAUCGGAUGCCGACUACUACGAGUUUACCUGCCCCAAACCGGACGGCCAGUUCGAGGAUCCGUACCAGUGCGACCGGUACUACGAGUGUGACGAGGGGCGCGUCACCGAGCGGCUCUGCCCGGACGGGCUCGUUUUCAACCCGGCCAGCAAGCUCGUCAACAAGUGCGACCAGGUGUUCAACGUCGAGUGUCACGAUCGGAAGGAGCUGCAACCACCGAAGCCGGUCGGUGUGUGCCCGCGCCAAAACGGUUUCUUCCCCCAUCCGGAUCCGGCCAUCUGCAACAUCUUCUACAACUGCGUCAAUGGGCGCGAGCUCGAGAUGACGUGCGUGGCCGGUUUGCACUUCUACCAGACCACCGGUACCUGCGUCUGGCCGGACAUGGCCAACCGGCAGGGCUGCGGUAGCAAUGCCAACAAGAAGCUGCACGAUGGUUUCCAGUGUCCUAAGAAUGCGCCGAAGAUGGACCGGAACGGGCAGAUCAUUACGCACCCGAACUAUCCGCACCCGGACGACUGUCAGCGCUUCUACAGCUGCCUGAACGGUGUCGAACCGCGCCAGGGUACGUGCGAACACGGUAUGGUCUACAACGAGGACCUGCAGCGCUGUGACGAGCCGGACAAUGUGCCCGGAUGUGAGGACUGGUACAGCAGUAGCAGCAGUGCGGAGAGGGAUCCUCCGGCCUCCGGAGGUAGUAGCCACUGAGGGUUGGAGCCAGGUCCAGACCAGAGGACAGGACCGAGAGCCGGCAGCACGGAGCGAACACGGAGCGUUGUCGUUGCCAUGUCAGCGGUUGGAAUUGGAAUGGAACAAAAAGAAAAAAAAGGGAAAGACACUGAGUGGCACUGAGGGUAGGGCGCGGGGCGAGGAGAAGCGUAGGAGUGCAGCCAGAGCCAUUGCCAUUAGCCAGCCAAGUAAUAGAGUGCCCCCAUGGAGAUCGGAUCGGAAAGGAUCGGAAAGCGCGCGUCGCGCGAAAAUAAAGAUAAACCAAA